AUGCCGUCCCUUGAAACCUCUACAAAAAAUGACGCAAGGCUGCUCCUUGUCUCAAAUCGAUUACCCAUAACCAUAAAACGCUCAGAGGAUGGCAGGUAUGAUUUCUCCAUGUCAUCAGGUGGCUUGGUCAGUGGCCUCAGCGGCCUGUCGAAAUCCACGACCUUCCAAUGGUACGGUUGGCCCGGGUUGGAGGUUCCCGAAGAGGAGGUUCCUGUUGUCAAACAGCGGUUGAAGGACGAGUACGGGGCCAUCCCAGUGUUCAUUGAUGAUGAUCUUGCGGAUCGCCAUUAUAAUGGCUUUUCUAAUUCGAUUUUGUGGCCCCUUUUCCACUACCACCCAGGUGAAAUUACCUUUGACGAAUCCGCUUGGGAAGCAUACAAGGAGGCCAACCGCCUUUUUGCCAAGGCAGUCGCGAAGGAGGUUCAGGACGGCGACUUGAUCUGGGUACACGAUUACCACUUGAUGCUUCUCCCUGAGAUGCUUCGGGAGGAAAUUGGAGGCAAAAAGGAGAAUGUUAAGAUUGGGUUCUUCCUCCACACACCUUUUCCAAGCAGUGAGAUUUAUAGGAUUCUCCCGGUCCGGAAUGAACUGUUACUAGGAGUCCUCCACUGCGAUCUCAUAGGCUUUCAUACCUACGAUUAUACACGACAUUUCCUGAGUGCUUGCUCGCGUCUGUUAGGGUUGGCAACAACUCCCAAUGGUAUAGAGUUCCAAGGCAAGAUUAUUGCUUGUGGCGCAUUCCCGAUCGGCAUUGACCCGGAAAAAUUCCAGGAGGGCCUUAAGAAGGAAAAAGUCCAGAAACGGAUUGCAAUGCUGGAACAAAAGUUUCAGGGGGUGAAGCUUAUGGUUGGCGUUGAUCGCCUUGACUAUAUAAAGGGUGUCCCUCAGAAGCUGCAUGCUUUUGAGGUAUUCCUUAGUGACCAUCCGGAAUGGGUGGGGAAAGUUGUCCUGGUGCAGGUCGCGGUGCCUAGCAGACAGGACGUGGAAGAGUAUCAAAAUUUGAGGGCAGUAGUAAACGAGCUCGUGGGUCGGAUCAAUGGCAAAUUCGGCACGGUUGAAUUCAUGCCUAUUCAUUUCCUGCACAAGUCGGUCAAUUUUGAUGAACUGCUUGCCCUCUAUGCUGUGUCAGAUGCUUGUAUCGUUUCGUCUACUCGAGAUGGCAUGAACCUUGUUGCCUAUGAAUAUAUCGCCGCUCAGCAAAAUCGCCAUGGUGUUUUGGUGCUCUCGGAAUUUGCCGGUGCAGCCCAGAGCCUGAACGGUAGCAUAAUAAUCAAUCCUUGGAACACCGAGGAACUUGCUGGGGCUUACCAGGAAGCUGUUACAAUGAGUGAUGAACAGAGAGCUCUGAAUUUCUCUAAGUUGGAUAAAUACGUCAAAAAGUACACAAGCGCCUUCUGGGGCCAGUCAUUUGUCACGGAGUUGACUAGAAUUUCGGCCCAUUCUGCAGAGAAGUUUCAGUCCAAAAAAGCUGUUACAGGGGACAGUAGCCAUGCGGAAGAACAUAGUGUUAGUGGUGCAGGAGUUCAAGGAAAUGGUAUCUUGUCGGCACCGUCAACGUCAUGA